UGCGAAACGACGCGCCAUCGUUGUCAUCCAUGGGCAAGCACACAAAGGCGGCGGGACGGCCUGCGUGGAGUGCGGCGGCGAUCGCGCUCGUGUACGAUCAGCACGGGUUCGACGUCGUGCCGGCAGUGUCCGAGUCGAUGGCCGCGUCGUCGACGCCACACUCGUGGGGUGUGUUCUUCAACCUCACGAACGCCAUCGCCGGUGCAAGCAUCAUCUACAUCCCACACGCGAUGGCGGACGGCGGGUUCCUUCCCGUGCUUGGCCUUCUCCUUCUCUGUGGCGGUAUCACGUGGUACGCGAUGAACAUCCUCAUCGUGUUGGGCCACCACCACCACGUCCAGUCGUAUGAAGACCUAGCGCAACUCGCGUUUGGCGUCCCGGGGUUCCUCGCCGUGUGUUUUUUCCAGUUUACGUUUUCAUUUGGGGCCAACUGCUCGUACUUGCUUGUGAUUGCCGACACGCUACCUGUAGUCAUUGGCCGGCUGUGCAAGAUGCACAUUGCACAUGGUGAGCCCGUGCCUAGCUCCCAAACCUCGUGGUACCUCCGGCUGGUUGCGGACCGAAACAUUUGCGUGACGUUAGUGGCGGUGUUGGUGCUACUGCCCAUCUGCAUCCAUCGCAGCUUUGCCAGUUUGGAGAAAUUCGCGGGUGUGUCCGUACUCAGUGUUGUAGUUUGCACCGGCGUCAUCGUGUACGAGUGUAUGUUUCACAAGGACGAGUACGUGGCCGAGUCUCGUGGCUUCAUGUACGACUACGUGGCAGUCCACCCCGACAUCUUUCCGGCGCUGGGGACGAUAGCGUUCGCGUACGUGUGCCAGCACCAGACGUUCCUCCUCUACAACACCAUGUCCCCCGCCACGCCCCGUGGAUUUGCCGAUAUUUCCCGCGCGGGGGUCGCUGUCUCAGUCGCCCUCAUCUUUGCCCUGAGCAUCCCCGGGUACCUCUUGUUCCUUCAAGCCACUCGAAGCGACAUAUUUCUCAACUUUACCAACCUCUCCGACAAGCUCAUUCAAGGGUGCCGCCUACUUACUGCCGUCAACAUGAUCCUGACCUACCCCCAAGAGUUUAUGGUCGCCCGGCACACGCUGCAGCGUCUGUUGAACUUGCACUACGCCCACGUGAGUGUUGUGGAUUUGUUCCACGAGCAAACGAAGCCCAUCAACCAACGGACAGUGUGGCACGACGCCAGUGACGAAGACGGAGGUCAACCGACCCUUCCGACGGCGCUGUCCACGCCAUGGCAUGUCGGCCUCACGGUCGUGCUGCUGACGUCGACGCUGCUGAUUUCCAUGGCCGACCGCCGGCUUGGCGACGUGACCAGUCUCACGGGGUCGUUCAGCGCCGUCGCCCUCGCGUUCGUCUUGCCCGCCGCGUGCCAUCUCAAGCUGCAAGUGCCGGCGCAGCACCGCCGCCGGUGGAACGAUUCCGUCGUGCCGUGGUGCACCAUCACGUUUGGCACGUUUGUGUUUUUUGUCAGCACCACCACGUCCAUCCUGGCCAUUCGUCGACGGCACAUGGAGACUCCUUAGUAGUAGUAAGUACUACAAAGUACUAGUAGGGCAUUAGUCAUCCCAAUCAUGGGCGGCAAAUGGCCAGGCAAUUUGAUCGGGAACAAGAGUGUGCUGUACUGUC